UGGGUUUUGGCUGGUGAAAAUUUCACCCAGUCUUUUGCCCGUCAUGGCGACUUGCAGCCUGACUGGCGCCCGCCGGAUUUUGCUGCACCGCUGGGUGAGGCAGCUUGGUGACAGCGUGCAAGGGCCACAGCUGAUGGAUUUGCCGGGGAAUUGGCAAAAGGCAAAGGAGUUCUUUACUAAGCCAGCUCUCUCAUAUGGACAGUACAAACAGCAAUGCGUGUCGCUACGAAUAUUCGCUUUCAGCGGCAUUUGUGGUGGGUGUGUUCUUUCACUGGCAAUGUUCCCACCGAAGUCAUCAUAUUGGAUCACCUGGAGUCCUUUGUACUGGCUGUCCUAUGCGAAGCAAUGCUUCACAGGUGCAGCUCCACCGCUUUUUCUCGAGAAACAGCACGGAGCACAAGUCGCGGCUCUCCUCAGGCCGGAAACACAGGCUCCGGCACCAAGCGACACCGACGUUUCCACAGUGGCAGUCGCACCGGCGCCGGCUGCCACGACCACAGCCACCUCCGCGGCCUCCGCAUCUCCGUGCUCCGUGGCUUCAUCGGCAAGCGCCACGGUGCUCGCCGCGCCGGCGAAGCCCCGCGUGGUGUUCGUCCUCGGAGGACCUGGUGCAGGCAAAGGCACACAAUGUGCAAAAAUUUGUGACGCGUACCCGCAGUGGCAGCACAUCUCUGCCGGGGACUGUUUGCGUGCAGAACGGCAAGAUCCCAAUUCCAAGGACGGGGAAUUGAUCAACUCUUAUAUCAAGGAUGGAAAGAUUGUUCCUGUGCAAAUCACCGUCCGUUUGUUGCACAAGGCUAUGCAAAAAGGACAAAAGGAAGGAAAGACAGAUUUUCUGAUCGAUGGAUUCCCUCGAAAUUGGGACAAUGUCAAUGGCUGGGAGGAGGUCAUUGGUGACUCCGCCGAAGUCAUGGGAGUGCUGUUUUUCGAAGCAUCGCUAGCAGAGAUGGAGAAACGACUCUUGGGGCGUUCCGUCACCAGUGGUCGGGUGGACGACAACCUUGAGAGCAUUCGAAAACGUUUUGCGACUUACGAAAAGGAGACAAAGCCGAUUCUCGAGAAGUACCAAAAGGAACACAAGGUUUUCAAAAUUGAUGCUAUGCAGUCGGUUGAUUUUGUUUGGGCCCACACCCAAACAAAGCUUCGAGAAGUCGUACCUUGCCAGCAGGUGUAGUCUGGUGGGCCACAUCCGUCUCAAAUUUAUUUGCGGCUUAAGGGACACAUUGUAUUCAUUGGCAUUGCAAAAUGCGAUUUAGAGCCCUUAGGAAAGUUGGACAUGAAAA